AUGGUGAAUUGCCAUAUUCUUCUUGUGAGUUUUCCAGGACAGGGCCAUAUAAACCCGUCCCUCCAAUUUGCAAAGCGCCUCCUGCAAAUUGGAGCGAAAGUCACCUUCUCCACCAGUCUAUCUGCAAUCAGUCGCAUGUCCGAAGCUGCCUCGACGAUACCAGGCCUGACGCUGGCUCCUUUUUCUGAUGGAUACGACAAUGGCUGGACAGGCGCCAAAGAUUUCCAAGAUUUCAUGUCAUCUUUCAGAACUUGCGGUUCUGAAGCUGUUAAACAUCUUCUCUUGGCUAAAGAAAAAGAAGGCCACUCGUUUACUCAUGUAGUCUACUCUACCCUCGUUACAUGGGCAGGUGAAGUGGCAUAUCAGCUUCAAAUCCCAUCCACCUUGCUUUGGAAUCAACCGGCUACUGUUUUUUAUGCUUAUUACUUGUAUUUCAAUAAGAACGAGAUUUUUACAGGAGAAAACAGUGAAGGUAUUGAACUUCCAGGACUGCCAUUAGUGCUUAGUUCUUGCGAUUUGCCAUCUUUUAUGCAAUCUUCAAGCCCUGUAAUCUACAAUUUUGCUCUUCCUACUUUCAAAGAGCAUUUUGAGAUUCUUGAAAGAGCUGGGACCAAGCAGAAAGUACUUGUGAACACAUUUGAUGCAUUGGAAUUCGAAACCUUAAGGGCUUUUAAUAAGUAUGAUUUGAUGGGCAUUGGACCUUUGAUUCCUUCUGCGUUUUUAGAUGGGAAGGAUCCUCUGGACACAUCAUAUGGAGGUGAUCUCAUACAGAAGACUGUAGAUUAUAUUGAUUGGCUAAAUUCGAAAGACGAAUUAUCCGUUAUUUAUAUAUCUUUUGGAAGCUUUUCCAAUUUAUCGAAACAACAAAUGGAAGAAAUUGCUAAAGGACUGAUCAAAAGCCAGAAACCAUUCUUGUGGGUGAUUAGAGACGGAAAAAGUGGUACAGAGGGAGAAGAAGACAACACGCUUAGUUUAAUGAAAGAAGUGGAAAAACAAGGUAUGAUUGUUCCGUGGUGUUCCCAAUUGGAGGUUUUAUCACACCAUUCUGUGGGCUGUUUUUUGACUCAUUGUGGGUGGAAUUCUUGUAUUGAAAGUUUGGCUUCUGGGGUGCCAGUGGUGGCAUUUCCACAGUGGACUGAUCAGUUUACAAAUGCAAAACUUAUACAAGAUUUUUGGAAGACUGGCCUGAAAUUGGCUGCUCAUGUAGAUGGAGGAAUAGUAACUGCGGAUGAGAUUGCGAGGUGUUUAGAAAUUGUUAUGAGAGGUGGAGAGAGAGGAGACGAAAUGAGAAAGCAAGCUCAACAAUGGAAAAUUCUGGCUAAGGAAGCAGUUAAAGAAGGUGGUUCAAGGUUACACUUAGAAUUCCAAAAGAUCGAUCAGGUUGUUGGAUCAAACCAAUCAUUUUCCACUUAA